AUGGCGUGUGGGGGCAGCACAGCCGCGCUGGGGCCGCGGGCCGGGCCGGGACCCCGCCGAACGCUCCCGGGCCCCGGCGGGCCCCGCGCCGCGCACGGCAGUCACCGCCCCGGGCCCCGCCGGACCCAUCUACGGCCCGGCCCCGCUGCGGCCGCUCCGGCCCCGGCGCCAAAAUGGUUCCCCGAGCUUCCCCCGGCACCGCCGGGCCGCGCCCGCCCCGCCCGGGCUGUGCCUGCCGGGGGAGGGCCCGGCCCGGCCCCGCCCCGGCCCCGCCAACUGGGACCUGGACCCGCCCCGGCCCAGCCCCGGCCCAGCCCACGGGGACCCGGCCCAGCCCACGGGGACCCGGCCCAGCCCACGGGGACCCGGCCCAGCCCACGGGGACCCGGCCCAGCCCACGGGGACCCGGCCCAGCCCACAGGGACCCGGCUCCUCCCGGGCGGCACCGCCUCUGCCCCGGCCCCGCUUGUCCCCACGGCCGCGCGCGUUCCGCACACGGAGCUCCCUCUGCACGGCCGGGACCUGACCAACAGCCCCCUGCUCCACGCCGACGGAGCUCAUCAUCCUCCCUAA